AUGCGCACAUCUAGAUACGAACAGCGGCGAGACAGUGGCCGCUCCACGACAAAUGGACAGACCUUCAGCAUACUGGAUGAGCAACGGUUUACCAAAGAGAUCCUUCCCAGAUACUUCAAGCACAGCAAUUUGUCCAGCUUCAUUCAGCAGCUUAAUAUGUAUGGCUUCCGCAAGGUGAUGAGUUUGGAGAACGGUCUUGUAAAAUCUGAGAGCGCCAUUGAGUUCCAGCAUCCUUUCUUUAAAAAAGGGAGACCGGAGUUAUUGGAACACAUCAAGCGUAAGGUGGACUCGGUAAAAACAGAAGAUGCUCAUCUGUCCCAGGACAAUUUGCAGAAGGUUAUUAAUGAAUUAAAAGUGCUUCAAGAUGGACAAUCCAACAUGGAUUUCAAGUUGGAUACAAUGAGGAGGGAAAAUGAAAUUCUUUGGAAGGAGGUUUCUUCUCUGAGAAGGAAGCACAGCCAACAGCAGAAACUUCUUCCAAAGGUCAUUAACAAUUGAAGCUUCACAGUCCUCUUCCACUAAAUAGAGUCGCAAUAUGCUGCAGCUUACAGAAGGAGGAGUUAGUGAGGGAAAUCCAUCUUCACAAUGUCCUGGAAGCUCCACUGACAAUUGCCUUGUAAUCCAUGAGAUCCCAAGUGCUGAGGAAAGAACCUUUGAACACCUUCCCAAGCAGUUGCCUAAAUCCAGCCUAGAAAACCUCCAGUAAGUGCAUCGGUACUGGGAAAAAAUCCUAGGAGCUUUGAUGGCAUCAUAUAACUUUAUUUUUGAUGCAUUUUAUAUUUCUUCAGUAUUCUGACAAUAUAGAAAGUUAUCCUUUAAAAUUAUUCUAUUAUAGUCUAUUGGGCCAGUCUGUGGAUGCAUAACCACCAUAACGUUUUCAAAUCCUCCUGGUGCAGUCUUGAUUUAAUUUGCAAAUGUUUAAAUUAUAUAGGUUGCAAAUAUUUAAACAUUACAGAACAACAAAAGCCUACAAAUGAAUAUGCUUAGAAAUGUUGUAUUUUCUAUACUAAACUUACUGUACAGUUAUGUACAAUAAUGAUUGCAUGCCAAGUAAUUUCUUUAUAAA